UCUUAUAUUUCUGCUGACAAGUAAAUAUAGAGAUCAUCAAAAUUUUUGUGUAUAUUUGAACAUGGGCUCAGAUUCUCCGCUGAAACCCAAAAGAAUACAUGUUUUCGUGAACGGUAACCCCACUGGAAGGAUAUUUUUCAUACAUCCAAAAUGCAGACUGAGCUGGUCCUCCAUCAUAAAUUUCAUCGGAGAUCUGCUGAAACCACAACACGGUCCAAUCAAAGUACUAAGAAGGACAGACGGACGUUCUGUUACUGCUUAUGAAGAGUUGGAAGAUAACGGAAAAUAUGUGGCUUGUGGAAAAGAACCACUUAUUUCACUAGCUCAGGGAUAUCGAACGGAAUCGGAAAUAGAGAUAAGAAAAGAUCUGAGGGAGACCUCUUCAUCUGAGAUAAUGAACGCCAUAGGGAGCAAGUUGAAGUAUUUGACGGAUACGAAUCAGAUGAAUGUUAUAACCAUUUAUGUGUUCAUGAAUGGACAAAGGACAAAACCUUAUAAGAUAAGUUUACUGAAAACAGAUCUGGGUAAUUGGACUACUAUCCUCAGCAUAGUCUCCAAACAAAUGGAUGUAUCUGUUAAAUUCCUUUACACCAUUUUUGGAGAAAAGCUGAAAGACCCAUCUGAAAUACAUCACAGAGGAUUUUAUGUUGCACUAAUCGAAGGAAAGCAAUUUGAUGAUGUGUCAUAUCUUUCAAUUUUUUCGGCGAAAAAGCAGAGAAAAGUAAGAUUUAAACAGACGACACAACAAACGGCUUCCAUAUUCAAAGAAGAAUCACUUCCAGUUCAACGAGAAUCGGGUGAGGACAAAAAGCUGGUGUCUACUAGUAAAGAGUUAGACGAAUCCCCCGCAAUACUGCAAGAAGAACCCUUAGUUCGUAGCUGUGAGGUGAUAAAUGUAAACGAUCCCACAACAGAUUCUCCUUGCAUCCAUGUGACUAUUGUUCAAAAACCCUUCUCGGCUUCCAAACAUACUCCUGGUGUACCAGCCACAGUUUGCGCCACUAGGCCAAGUGCCAAGUUCGUUUUGGAAAUGUUGAGUGAUAGAGAUUUGAACGCCACGUGCCAGUUGUGUAAGAGUACUCAAACGAAGGCAAUUUUUUGUGAGGCUGUACCAAAAGGGAAAUGUAUGAUAGAAGUGGCUUCCAAAAAGUUCCAUAUCAUAUGUGACGAAGAUACAAUUGUUCUUCCUUGUGGGACAUAUUUCAGUUCACAUCGAUCAAUGAAGAAACCAUGCACUUUUCCUUUAGGAAAUGAAUCUUUAUCUUUGGAAAAUAUUGCGAAUCAUAUUGUGGGAAUAGUUGUUGAUACAUCAGAGUACUGUGUCAGUCGUGCUAUAUAUGGGGCAAUACAUCCAAGAGGCGAAUUGGAAGAAAAAAAAGAAGCCGGUGAAAAUGAUAUUCAAGUGUCAUCUAAAGAUAAGAACUCAUGUGGCGAAAUUGUUACAAAUAUUCUAGAAGAAUCUCCAGAGAAAGAAGUAACUUCUCUUUGACAUCGAUUUAUCCGGUAUUUUCAACCAUUUGUUGGCUCUAAGUGGAAAUGUUUUUAAAGAAAUAAAGAUAAAUAUAAAGCA